AUGAAGGUCCUCUCUCUUUUGACUCCCAUGUCGCUCAUGGCAGGUGUUAUGGCUGCCGCAACCCCCAAGCGCGAUGCUAGCUGGCAAUCGUGCGUGUCGCAGGCUGAGGCUGAGUCGAUCGUCAACCAAUACAUCAUCGUUCUUGAACAUACCGAUGCGGCUGCUGCCAACGCCACCGCCCAGAGCCUCCUUGAUGAAAACUACAUCGAGACGAGCGACUCAAUUCUGUCGCUCGAGGGACAGCCGCUCGGGACCGCAACCUUUGUCGGCAAGGACAACUAUAUCAACGGCGUACUCAAUUCACCGGGGUUGAGUGGGAUCGUCACCCUCGAUGUCCUUGUUGCCGGCUGCACUAACGUCCUGUGGUAUUGGAAAUUCUUGGGCGUCGGGAGCGGCCAGUACGAGGUCAAGGGCUUCAAUCUGUUCGCCAUCACACCGUCGUUGCAGCUCGCUUCGGCGAAUCUAGAGUUCAAUUCUAUCGCUUGGGGUCUCGACACGGGGUAUCAAGUCAUCUUUCCCCCAAGUAGCAAGUAA